ACUUAACAAUUGUCUAAAAAUUACAAAAUUUUCCAAAAUAAAAAAUCUAAACAAAAAAUUACUCCCUUAAUCCCUCAAAAAAUUACGCCCAGCAUUCUAUUUUUGAAUUGGGAUAAUAAAAAAUUUAAAAUCCCAAUUCAAAAUCUAAUAUACUAAUUUUUAAAAUAUUUUUAAUUUAUCCACCAUACCGAAGUUAUAAAAGUAAUUAAAGUCAUGUGGACAAUUUAAGGCAUAUAGAGUUGCUUUUAUAUACUAAUGACGCUUAUUUAUCCAACUUUACUGCUUCACCUUGUAAGUCUAAAACUCUCUCUUCUAUAUUGUCUUAUUUUCUUCAUUGAUUCCAAUUGCCAGCGACAAUUUAAGGGUUUCGUUUCUUUCCCAAAGUGGUAAAGAUAAAAAAAAAAACCUCACAGUAUGAGUGGUCGAGCCCGGUUUGUGAAGUUUGUUAGCAACCAAUGCGGAUUUGAAUUCAGUAACCUCCACAAUGCACGGGCAUUGUUUGAUCAAAUGUCUCAAAGGCGACCUCUUCCUUCAAUUGUGCAGUUUCCUAAAUUGAUAAUGGCCAUUGUGAGAAUGAAACAUUACACCACUGCAAUUCCGUUACUUAAUCAAAUGGAAUCAUCAGGAAUGGUAGAGCCAGACGCUUAUACUCUGGGCAUCUUAAUGAAUUGUUACUGCCAUUUGAGUCGGGUCGAUUUGGGUCUCUCUGUUUUGGGGAGAACUUUGAAGCUUGGUUACGAAGUGGAGCAUGCAAAGCUCACCACUUUGAUCAGGGGACUCUGUAUUUUGGAUAAAAUAGGUGAAGCAGUAAAGUUUUAUAAUGACAUGUGGCCAAAGGAUUUCAACCUGAUACAGUUACUUGUGGAUCGAUUAUAAAUGGGUUGUGCAGAACAGGGAACACUGGCGCCGCAAUUGAAUUGAUCAAGGAGAUGGAAGAAAGAAAUCAGGUAACUGGUGUUUAUGUUUAUAACAUGAUCAUUGACAGUCUUUGUACGGACAGACAGAUAGCUGAGGCUUUUAACUUCUUUUCAGAAAUAAUCCGUAAAGGCAUUUCUCCAGAUGUUAUCACUUACUCCACCUUAAUCCUUGGCCUAUGCAUUUCAAAACAGUGGAAAGAGGCUACAAGAUUGUUGAAUGAAAUGGUUAACCGAAAAGUCAAUCUGGAUGCAAGAACCUUCACUAUAUUGAUGGAUGCACUUUGUAAGGAAGUGAAGGUUUCAGAAGCAGUCGAAAUAGUUGAAGUGAUGAACCCAGGAGGUGAGGAGCCUGAUACUGUCACUUACAAUGCACUGAUGGAUGGAUAUUGUUCACAAAGCAAAUUUAAAGAGGCAAAGGAGAUAAUUGAUUUGAUGGUUGGUAGGGGUUGUGCCCCUAAUGUUCAUAGCUAUAGCAUCUUGAUUAAUGGAUAUUGUAACAAGCGAAACAUGACUGAGGCUCUAAGACUGUUUUACGAAAUUUCUCAGAUGGGAUUGGUUCCUGAUACUGUUGCUUACACCACUCUUAUAGGUGGUUUCUGCCAUGCAGGAAAACCUCUAGUUGCGCAACAACUUCUGAAUGAGAUGCGAGCCCGUGGCCAACAUCCUAAUUUGAUAACCUACUGUACUUUGUUAGAUGGACUGUGUAAAAACCAAUGUCUUGCUGAGGCAAGGGCCUUGUUUCGAGAGAUGAAAGAAAGUGGACUGCAUCCUAAUAUUGUGGCUUACAGCAUCCAUAUUGAUGGUAUGUGCAGAGCUUGAAACAUAAAAGCUGCAAGGGAACCCUUUUGUAGUCUUUCUUCCAAGAGGUUGCGACCUAAUGUUCACACAUAUACUAUUAUGAUUGAUGGACUCUGUAAGGAAGGGUUGUUAAGUGAAGCAAACAUGUUGCUCAAGAAAAUGGAAGAGCGUGGUUGCUCACCAGAUGGUUUCACUUACAAUAAAAUUGUUCAGGGACUUCUUAGAAAUGAUGAGACUUCAAUGGCAAUGCAACUUCUUCAAGAAAUGGUUGAGAAAGGAUUCACUGCUGAUGCCCGUACUAUAACCCUAUUAUUGAAUUUAUCAAAUAAUAGUGGAUUGGAUCAGUCAGUUUUGGAGAUGGUCGAUAAGUUUCUGAGAUCUCCAUUGGGUUUUCUCAUGUUAGCUGGAAGUUUCAUAUAUUGUUGGCCUUGCAGUGUGUUGUAUGUAUGGCCUAUUGAUGAUUGUAUCAGUAUCUUCUUCAUGUUUUGGGGGUGACAUUGUUGUUCCAUGAGAAGUAUGAGGGAAAGAACCUGAGUUGGAUGACGUUGGGGAACUUAAGAAGAAUGCCGAAGGGUUUUGUAUGAAACUGGUUGACUAGAUGGGAUAAGGAAGGCGGCUUGGUGAAAUUUACCAAAGAGAAAUGAGUUUCAAAGCUCCGAAACUUACCAAACAGCGGGUGCUUAUCUGCCCUGCCUUUGUUUGUCAUGAUGUUUCAAGAAUGGCACCUCAUCAACUUCAUUUUCCUUUCUUGUUUACAAUUUGUACAGUGAAGCAAGCCAAAGACUGAUACAUCAGCUCUCGAAGUUAGGAAUGGAAAAGACAUUCACGGAAAUUCUUGGGAGAGGCUCAAUUGUAUGAGAGAGAGAUUGAAGCAAUACAAAAAUUAUGAAAACCUCUCACGAAGAGCUUGAAAAGAAUAACAUGGUCCUUUUAGCAAAAGAGCCGACUGUUGACAAUGGAAGUGGAAUAAGCCAAGUAGACGUUACAGCUGAAGAGGAAGCGAAUAUACAGGAACUCGUCAAUCAGGUGACCUACAGGAGCUACAGGAAAGUGUCGAUUUGACAGAGCCAAGAGGACAUGAGCAUAAUCCUCAAUAGUUUGAUACAGGUAUGUUGUUUGGGCAUGAAAAUUUGAUCUGAAAUCAAGCACUCUCAUUACAGCACUAGGCACUACCAUAUCUAACAAGCCCUUCAAGAAUAAUUAGUCACCUUCACUUUAUAUGAAAUGUGGAGCGUGACAAUACUGUACAUCUUACCCCCCAUUUUCGGGGGUGUUUUGGUAUUUUUAUACUUGUUAUGUAGCCUUCCAUGGACAUAGCCCAAAAAUUGGGUGAAUCACUUAAAUCAGUUUUCUUGCUUGUGUUCUUGUUUCCUUUUCUGUUAAUAUUAGCAACAUAGAGAAUCUACCU